GGCGCUAUUGUCCUUGAUGGAGGCUCGUGCGAAUCCGCUAAGGCCUGGCUGCCUCGGCACCCUGCCGACCGCUGUAACGUGCGAACCGAUCUGUUUGCACUCGGCAGCGCCCUACAAUUCCUCAUCACCGGCGCAGAGUCCGAUGACGAUAUCAUGCGGUGGUUCCACGAAACCGAGCCCGAGAUCGAGCGGCAUUUCCGCGCCGGCGAGCUUCCCCCUGCCGACGAGCACGCGUGCGCUGCUGUCACGGCGCGAUGCUGGCGCCAGCUCUACACAACAGCAGACCAGGUGCUUGCCGAUCUCAAGGCUAUCCAGGCCGCCAUUGCACGUGGCGAAAACCCCGAGACG